UUUGGGAUUUUGGGCAAAUCCGAGGAUGGAAAACGCUCACGCCAAAACGGCCGAGGAAUGUUUGGCCUUUUUUGGGGUGAGCGAGAGCGUCGGGCUCAGCCCCGAGCAGGUCAAGAGGAGCCUGGAGAAAUACGGACCCAAUGAGCUGCCGGCAGAGGAAGGCAAAUCCAUCUGGGAGUUGGUGGUGGAGCAGUUCGAGGAUCUCCUGGUGCGGAUUCUGCUCCUGGCCGCCUGCAUCUCCUUCGUGCUGGCCUGGUUCGAGGAGGGCGAGGAAACCAUCACGGCCUUCGUCGAGCCCUUCGUCAUCCUCCUCAUCCUCAUCGCCAACGCCGUCGUCGGGGUCUGGCAGGGCCGAAACUGCCAUGACGAGGCGCUCAAGGAGUACGAGCCCGAGAUGGGCAAAGUUUACCGGAGUGACCGCAAGGCCGUGCAGAGGAUCAAGGCCAGGGACCUGGUGCCAGGGGACAUCGCCGAGGUGGCAGUUGGGGACAAGGUCCCGGCCGACAUCCGGAUCAUCUCCAUCAAAUCCACCACGCUGCGCGUCGACCAGUCCAUCCUCACUGGGGAGUCGGUGUCGGUGAUCAAGCACACGGAGCCGGUGCCCGACCCCCGCGCCGUCAACCAGGACAAGAAGAACAUGCUCUUCUCGGGCACCAACAUCGGGGCGGGCAAGGCCGUGGGCAUCGUGGUGGCCACGGGCGUCAACACCGAGAUCGGGAAGAUCCGCGACGAGAUGGCGGCCACCGAGCAGGACAAGACGCCGCUGCAGCAGAAGCUGGACGAGUUCGGGGAGCAGCUGUCCAAGGUCAUCUCCCUGAUCUGCGUCGCCGUCUGGGCCAUCAACAUCGGCCACUUCAACGACCCCGUGCACGGCGGCUCCUGGAUCCGCGGCGCCAUCUACUACUUCAAGAUCGCCGUGGCCCUGGCCGUGGCCGCCAUCCCUGAAGGUCUCCCCGCCGUCAUCACCACCUGCCUGGCGCUGGGGACGCGCAGGAUGGCCAAGAAGAACGCGAUUGUCCGCAGCCUGCCCUCGGUGGAGACCCUGGGCUGCACCUCGGUCAUCUGCUCCGACAAGACCGGCACGCUGACCACCAACCAGAUGUCCGUCUGCAAGAUGUUCAUCAUGGACAAGGUGGAGGGCGACAUCUGCUCCCUGAGCGAGUUCUCCAUCACCGGCUCCACCUACGCGCCCGAGGGAGAAGUGCUGAAGCAGGACCGUCCGGUCAAGGCGGGUCAGUUCGAUGGCCUGGUGGAGUUGGCCACGAUCUGCGCGCUCUGCAACGACUCCUCGCUCGACUACAACGAGGCCAAGGGCGUCUAUGAGAAGGUGGGCGAGGCCACCGAGACGGCGCUGACGUGCCUGGUGGAGAAGAUGAACGUGUUCAACACGGACGUGAGGAACCUGAGCAAGGUGGAGAGGGCCAACGCCUGCAACGCCGUGAUCAAGCAGCUGAUGAAGAAGGAGUUCACGCUGGAGUUCUCCAGGGACAGGAAGUCCAUGUCGGUCUUCUGCUCCCCGGCCAAGGCCUCGCGCGCCGCCGUGGGCAACAAGAUGUUCGUCAAGGGAGCCCCCGAGGGCGUCAUCGACCGCUGUAACUACGUGCGCGUGGGCACCACGCGGGUUCCUCUGACGCCGGCGGUGAAGGAGAAGAUCCAGGCGGUGAUCAAGGAGUGGGGCACGGGCAGGGACACCCUGCGCUGCCUGGCCCUGGCCACCCGCGACACCCCGCCCAAGAAGGAGGAGAUGGCCCUCGAGGACUCCUCCAAGUUCGCCGAGUACGAGACGGACCUGACCUUCGUGGGCUGCGUGGGCAUGCUGGACCCUCCCCGCAAGGAGGUGAUGGGCUCCAUCCGGCUGUGCCGCGACGCCGGCAUCCGCGUCAUCAUGAUCACGGGGGACAACAAGGGCACGGCCAUCGCCAUCUGCCGCCGCAUCGGCAUCUUCUCCGAGGACGAGGAGGUCCAGGGACGCGCCUACACCGGCCGCGAGUUCGACGACCUGCCCCUGUCCGAGCAGCGCGAGGCCUGCCGGCGCGCCUGCUGCUUCGCCCGCGUCGAGCCCACCCACAAGUCCAAGAUCGUGGAGUUCCUGCAGUCCUUCGACGAGAUCACCGCCAUGACCGGCGAUGGCGUGAACGACGCGCCGGCGCUGAAGAAGGCCGAGAUCGGCAUCGCCAUGGGCUCGGGCACGGCCGUGGCCAAGACGGCCUCGGAGAUGGUCCUGGCCGACGACAACUUCUCCACCAUCGUGGCGGCCGUGGAGGAGGGCAGGGCCAUCUACAACAACAUGAAGCAGUUCAUCCGCUACCUCAUCUCCUCCAACGUGGGCGAGGUCGUCUGUAUCUUCCUGACGGCGGCGCUGGGCCUGCCCGAGGCGCUGAUCCCGGUGCAGCUGCUCUGGGUGAACCUGGUGACGGACGGGCUGCCGGCCACGGCGCUGGGCUUCAACCCCCCGGACCUGGACAUCAUGGACAAACCGCCCCGGAGCCCCAAGGAGCCGCUCAUCUCCGGGUGGCUCUUCUUCAGAUACCUGGCCAUCGGAGGUUACGUCGGAGCUGCCACCGUGGGCGCGGCCGCCUGGUGGUUCCUCUUCGCCGAGGACGGGCCCAACGUCAGCUACCACCAGCUGACCCACUUCAUGCAGUGCUCCGAGCACAACGUGGACUUCGAGGGCCUCGACUGCGACAUCUUCGAGUCGCCGGUGCCGAUGACGAUGGCGCUGUCGGUGCUGGUCACCAUCGAGAUGUGCAACGCCCUCAACAGCCUGUCGGAGAACCAGUCGCUGGCGCGGAUGCCGCCGUGGGUGAACAUCUGGCUGAUGGGCUCCAUCUGCCUCUCCAUGUCCCUGCACUUCGUCAUCCUCUACAUCGACCCCCUGCCCAUGAUCUUCAAGCUGACGCCGCUGACGCUGACCCACUGGCUGAUGGUCAUCAAGAUCUCCUUCCCGGUCAUCCUGCUGGACGAGGCGCUCAAGUUCAUCGCCAGGAACUACCUGGAAGUGGACGAGCCCGCCCGGAAGCACCGGAAGUGACGAUUUUGGGGACCCCGCCCCCAUGUCACGAGGGGGCGUGGCCAACACCUGCCCCUCCCCCACCUCCGCCCCUCCCCCCACCCUCUCCCCUCCCCCAAAUCCCCCCCAAAAUAUUCAAAGAGGGGGCGUGGCCAAACUUGGCCCCUCCCCAUCCCCAAAACACCCAAAAUUCAAGAGGGGGUGUGGCCAAACCUGGCCCCUCCCACACAGCAAGCUCCACCCCCGGGGGUGGGUUUUGGGGUCGCCCCCUGCAGUGGGGCCCCCCAAGCCCCUCCCCCAAAUUCAGAAAAGGGGCGUGGCCUAAAUUGGCCCCUCCCCCUCAUUUCCCCUCUUCCACUCCCCCCAUAUUUUGGGAUUUUGGGGUGGCCCCGCCCCGAAAUUUCGAGGAGGGGGGCGUGGCCAAUGGCGGCUCCUC